UGUGUGAAUGUCAUGUUCUUGUUGUCUGUACAUGUCUUGAAUUUGGGUUGCUCAUAUUUCAUACAAAGGAAACCCAUGAAAUGCUUCUACUGUCAUUCCGCAUACUUGUUUCCAUGGUCGAUGCAUGCUCAGUUGCCCUCCACUGCGCACACAGCAGGUAGCUUGCUGCUCAGCAGUGCGUGAGGGAGGAUUUCUAGGAGAGAUACGAAUCAUGGCGCUGAUUUUAAACAUCCUGUCGCCAAGGAGGUUGGGGACGUUAAUUGCAAACACACGUGUAAGGCACCACUCCAGUCUGACAACUGAACUUAUCAACAACAUGGACAAGAAAGCAACAUGGGACCGGUUCUACACAGAAAACAGCAAGGCAACCAACUUCAAGAAUUUUGAGUGGUUCUUUGGUUUCGACGCAAUCCGGGACUUCAUCUUGCCUAUGCUGCAUUCACAGCACAACUCUGAUGCCCUACAUGUUCUGGACAUGGGUUGUGGUACCUCUGCCCUGGGACCUUGCAUAUACAGACACUCUCCCUGGCCAGUGCAGGUGACCUGCGCUGACAUCUCUGCUAUUGCUGUGCGCCUUAUGCAGGAACACACAGAAACCAAAGCCCUGCAACCUCAGAACACUUCCUCUAAGCUGGACUUCUUAGAACUGGACUGCACUCAUCUCCACAAACACUUUGGUUCUGAGAGCCUAGACCUCAUUCUAGACAAGGGCACCAUAGAUGCCUUGCUAAGGUCGAGGGAAGGUGGGGCCAAGGCCAGUCAAGUGCUUAAGCAGUGUCUAAGGGUGUUGAGGGACUCUGGGUCUCUCCUUCAGUUCUCAGAUGAGGACCCUGAUGCCAGAAUGUUGUGGCUGGAGAAAGAGGGCCAGGAGCCGGGGAUGAUGGUUGCCGAUGUGGGGGUGCAGGAGGUGGGAGAGUUAAGGGGAGUAACUUAUUACUGCUACCAAGUUACAGCUCAUCCUGUAGCACAGUAGAUAGUUGUUUGUGUAUGUCUGCGUUGUCAGGGAGUGAACAUCUUUGAUGUGACUAAUAAAUAAUUCAUUUCUUGAUACAACUGACCAACUUUUAUCUAGACAAAAGAUAUACACACAUUUCUUUCUUUGUCUACACAAUAUGAACAGAGGUCUUGUGAAGAGCUGUCCAACUAUACUAUAAAACAAUUACUGUAGACUUGACAUUUUAUUCGGAAGGACAGUUCACAGUGAAAGUUUACAUUUCCAAGGCCUAUAUGUAGUAAGGAAAGCAAUUAACAUUUGUCAAAGGUAAAAUGUUACAUGGUCAGUACUGGAUUCUUUUUUUCUAAUUCAUGGUUUAACCCUUUUCUUAUACAUUAAUGAGUUAUCCCUUUUUAUAAUUAUUCAUAAGUUCAUUAAAACAUUUAUCACAAGUUAAAAAUAAGCAAUAGUUGUGUGAAAAUCUCAUAAGAAAAGAAAAUGAAGGACCUGGUCCAUUUUAGUUUAUGUUUUUAAAAAUGCUGUAGAAGUUGGCUGCAUCUGCAGUCGCAUCCAGUUUAACGCCCUGACAGAACUUAGGAGGGAAGAACUGCUGGGGGUCAUCGAUCCCAACAACAAUGUUGAAGAAGCUGUAAGUGAAAAGAAAAACAGAAUUAUCACAUAGCAUAAUGGAUAUCUUAUCUGUAGAUUUAACGAAAGUCAAAUCCAUGCUUCGGGAUAAUUAUGAAAGUACUAAUCAUUAAUAAUUCAUUCAACUUUUAUAUAGAAAUUAUGGAUUUUGAUGUUUCCAGAAGUGCCAAACUAGCUAAUGAAGACAUUCUUUUGAAUGUUUUGGAGCACAAAAUGGACUGAGGAACCUCCUCAGAAUGAGGAUAUGUAACAAACACUACAUAGGCCUACAAGACUAUAUAUUGAUGUCAAAUAUUACUAUUAUAGCGUUGUCAGUAGAGGAAAAAAAUCCAGCCAUUUAAAAAUAAAAACCAGUCAUUUUACACACUGCCCAAUAAUAUACACACUUACGUUGUAAGCACCCAGCCAGUCUUGUCCGUGUAGUACGUAGUGCUGACAGGUAUGCAGCCAAACUCAGUGAAGGUGCUCAACCACUUGUCUUUACCUGAAGAUUAAAUUGAUCAAUCAGAUAAACAAAAUCAGGGAGCAGAAAUUUGAUUUGAGAACACAAAACUUAAUUGCCAUAAAAAAAAAGUUGCUAGGAAUGAUUCUCUCCCUGACCGAGUCUGAAAUACCUACAUGUUUCAAGCAGACCACCAUAGUGCCUGUGCCCUAGAACACCAAUGUAACCUGCCUAAAUGUGGGCAAAGCUGUCAAGAGUGGCUACUUUGAAUAAUCUCAAAUAUAUAUUUUAAUUUGUUUAACACUUUUUUGGUUACUACUUUCAUAGUUUUGAUGUCUUAUAUUAUUAUACAAUGUAGAAAAGAGUAAAAAUAAAGAAAAACCCUUGAAUGAA